AUGCUUGUACCAUCUUUGUUAGCGCUUGCGCUCAGCGCAGUUCCUUCGGUCAGAGCGACUAUCCGGUUUGGAUGUGCUCAGUUGGUGACUGAACGAUUCGAUCCGUUGGUCACACCCGGAGAGGUUUCCCCUCAUGUUCACCAAAUUAUUGGAGGGAAUGCGUAA